UCACUUGAUCCAACUGCCAAUGUGAUUGAAAGAAGAAUUAACCAAAUUUAUUGAAAUCCAAUUUUUCUAUCGCGAAUAAUGUUUGAAGACAUGUAGAAUUGUGGGAUCGAAAAUCUAUAAAAAUAUGGAUACGGCCGAAGAAUCUUCUUGUUGGUUAUUGCUUCUUUCCGAUUGUGUUAUGUUAAAAAUAUUGUCCUACUUGGAUGCGACUAGUUUGUUUCUGCUCAAUAAGACUUGCACUUAUUUCGAAAACAUAGUCAAAGACAAACAGCUUUGGAAAUAUGUCGAUACGACCCACGAGCCAAAUACUGAUGAAAAGGUUCAAUAUUGUUGCGACAGACUUCACAAAGACACCACCCAUUUAUUCCUCAAAGCCCAUUCUAGACAAACGGGUGUCGUGAUACCGAGGUUCUUCAAGCAGUUGCCUUAUUUAAAGAACCUCACAGUCUUGUCUUUGGAAAAUCAACAGAUCAAUGGAAAAUUUGUUUCCAUGAACACUUUCCCUUCACAACUGGAGGAGUUAAGUUUGAGAGGGACAAACGUUAAAUGCAGUAAAUUGUUUUUCCAAUAUUCCAGCGACUCUAAACAGAAUUUAAAGGUUCUCAUUUUGGACGGAUGCAACUGGAUUCACAGCAGUUUUAUUAUGUCGGUGUCCAAGUACCCAAAGUUGGAGAUUAUCUCAGUUGUAAAGUGCAAUAAACUUCACCACAACAUACUUCCUUAUCUCCCGGUGACCCGGUACGGUUGCAAAAAUUUAAAAGUGAUGGACUGCAGAUUCAGCACUGUGGCCAACGAUUUCUUGAGAGUAUUCAGUCAGAACGGGUCGGUACUGGGAAUGUACUUUCACAGCAUGAGGACCCACGAGUUGGAUUACGGGGCGCCAUUUUUAAAGAAAUUGGACAAACUGCGCAAACUGUCCGUCGAGGACAAGCUGGUGAUUGUGAGGAACAUCAUAGAGAACGGGGUCCUGGCCGAUUUGAGGUUCAACGCGAGCGACCUGGUAGAGGAAUUCCCCGAGAGUGUGCUAUACAAGGACCCGUAUCCCGAAUGCACGUGCAAAUAUCAAGAACGGGAAUUGCCCGACGCUUCCGGUAAACUGGCGAUGGACAUCGACGAUUUCAUCGAUUUUCGUAGCGCCGCCCCCGACAAAUUUCUGUGCAGGAACCACAUGAAAGACGUGCAAAAUUUGUCGGCCGAAUUCAGGAACUUUUUCUGCCACAACCAACAAAUGUUUCACUCAAACGUGGAUAGCGGCACCGAUAGCGACUACGAUUCUGACGCGGACUGCUGCGUUUACGGCAUGGGCAAAACUCACAACAUUUUCGUGUUGAAGAUGCGCGACACUGAUCACCGGGGAAACUUGCCCGAACCCGAGGUCAUUAGCUUGCACGAUAAUGAUCGAGGUCCGGGAGGAUCGAUUGGCGACGCGCAGGUUCGAGAGAGUGUUAGGGAGCCGAGUACUUCCGCGGCGAGGGCGGAUGUUAAAGGAAAGAGCAAGCGAAAACUCGACCUGGAGGAGCAGCGGUCGAAAAAAAUGAAAAUAGAUCGUGUUCAACACGAGACUCAAAAAGGCGUAAACCGCAGCGAGUUGGAGGAUAGUUUGAGAAGAAACGAAGGACCUUCGACCAGUGGUACCAUGGAACAAACCAGUCCUCAGCAUAACGAUUCGGACAAUCAAGAUAGCGACAAAGGAAAGCCGCGACCCGGAGCAGAGGAAAUUCCCGCCGCUGGAAAUGAGCCCUUGGUGUUUAGGAGGAACGAUUUAAUCGCAAUACUGGCAAACCCGAGACAAUAUCAGGAGGAAAAUGACAGCAAGAAGUUGAAAUUAAGGAGGUUGUCUCUGCGGGGCUACAGGAUGAUCACCGACGCGGCUUUAAGCUACAUAAAGAACUUAAAUAUCGAUUUACUAGAUGUCACUUACACGGCGGUGACCAGGGAAGGAGUCGAACAGUUUCUAGCGUACAAUCCCAAGUGUCGGGUCAUACACAAGGACUUUUGCGUUUGCCGGCCCAGAAUCUUUAUAUAAGUGCAUCUUAAAUUCUGAUUAGGAUUUUAGUAUUUAUAUUUCCUAUGUUUUGCCGUUACCAAUGAAAUUUCAAUAAAUAUAAUUUGAAAAUCAACAAAA